AUGGUGCGGCGAAGCGAGCGGCAGCGCUGGUUUAUGGGGUCCUGGCGGCGAUGGGGCCCUCCUGCAGGCAGAGGGCCCGCAGCGCCAGGGCGGGAGGAGAAGGAGAGGGAGGAGGAGGAGGAGCAGGAGCGCACUGCCCAAAUAGGAGAGGGGAAGGAAGUGUCAGAAGAGAGUGCGGCUCCAUCCCAAAUGACUGUUGUGCACACCUGCAGGGGUGGCGACAUCCCUGCAAGCGACCAGCGACAAACCCCGCACUCAAAAAAGCUGACGGAGGGACGGGGCCUGCCCUUCCAAUUGAACUGAUAUUGGACAACAUGCCUGCCCGUGAAGCCAACUAAGAACUCCGAAAUGGCAUCGAAUGUGUUGGGUUCUUUCCCGCAGUGGCGGAUGACGGGAAGCGUCUUCGAGGCACGAGAAGCGAGCUGCACGCUGUGGUUGAGGCUGUAUAUGUAAAAAAGUACCGAAGAUGCGCGCGCGCCGCGAAACAUGGGGGGCUAAUUGCACGGCGGAAUGACGUCCCAGGCAGACUCAGACUAGACCUCGCCAUCCCUGUGGGACUGCGAUGUGAAAAACUAUAGCAGCUUUCGAAGGCUGAUGGGGGGUCCAGCGGGGCGCUGUCGCGGGCCGCCCGCAGACCCGGCGGCGCGCCUUCGAGCGCGUAGCCCCCGCACUGAAAGCACACGAAGGAAGCAGGGGAACUGGCGGGCGAGCUCGGCGCCGCUCGCUUCUGGCAGCAACCAUGAGCAGUUGUGAUCACUCCUUCGGGCGCCCGCCGGGACAUGGCGCAGGCAGCGCUGCAUCUUUAGCGUACGACCGACAAGAGCAACACGCUUCGAUCCCCCCC